AUGUUUGGUGGGCACCAGUUAAAUAUAAUAAAGAAGUAUCGAUUUUGGUACCUCCAAAAUCCAAAAAAUUGUGAAACAGCAAGAAAGCUUAUUUGUAAUAUAAAUAAAGGAUGCGGCUUUGGAUGUCAGAUACAUCAUUUAGUCUACUGCUUUGUUGUAGCUUAUGGGACUAAUAGAACGCUCAUUCUGAAGUCCAAAGGCUGGAGGUAUCAAAAAGAAGGCUGGGAGUCUAUUUUUGAGCCGCUCAGUGAUACUUGUAUAUCAAGUAGUGAAGAGAUGUAUGUUAAUUGGCCAGGUGACAAUAAAAAAGUAGUUUCUCUACCGAUUGUUGAUAACGUAUAUCCAAAACCUGUAUACCAACCACCAAGUGUACCAGCUGACAUAGCUCAAAGACUUCAAAAAUUGCAUGGAUAUCCAAUAGUUUGGUGGGUAGGCCAAGUGCUAAAGUAUUUAAUGAGACCAAACAACAGUACUAGAGACUUUUUGACUGAAAAAAAAAAGAAAAUAAAUUUUGUCAACCCCAUAGUUGGAAUUCAUGUUCGACGAACAGAUAAAGUAGGAACAGAAGCAGCUUUUCACGAUGUUGAUGAAUAUUUACUUAAAGUUAAACAAUAUUAUGAUGCCUUGGAAGUACAACCUAAAAUAAGACGUAUUUUUUUAGCUAGUGACGAAGCGAAAGUUAUAUUAAUAGCUAAACAGCGUUACCCUGAUUACCAUAUAAUAGCAGAUGUAAAUAUAGCUGAAACUGCAUCAAUAUCUCGUCGCUACACUAAUUUAUCUUUACAAGGUAUAAUAAUAGAUAUACAUUUUCUAUCACUGUGUGAUUAUUUAGUUUGUACAUUUAGUUCACAAGUUUGUCGUGUAGCUUACGAAUUGAUGCAAACUUAUCAUGUUGAUGCACAUGAUAAAUUUGCAUCUUUAGACGAUGUUUAUUACUAUGGAGGACAAAAUCCACAUCCACAAAUUGUAAUUAUAAACCAUAAACCAACGAAAAAAGAAGAAAUUGAAUUAAAAAUUAACGAUGAAGUAGAAUUACUCGGUAAUCAUUGGAACGGAUUUUCCAAGGGACGAAAUUUAAGAACAGGAAAAAUUGGACUGUUCCCAAGUUUCAAAAUAAAAAAUCCUGUAAAAAUAGUUGAUUUUCCCAAAUUUUAAACAACUCUCAGUUAAUGAAUCUUAUACGAAAAAUAUUUGUUUCAUAAUUUGUGCGUAAGGUCUUGAAUUUUAUUUAAUUGUAAACAAAAACAUUGAAACGUUCAUGUAUUCUGUAACAUCCAUU